CUCUACCCCGACACAAUCUUACUCCUCCCAUACCUUUACUUACACGCAGCGCGUCGUCGCCUUUGACUCCCGUUCUCCACCUCCGUUCGCCCUUCCUCUAUCUCCUCUCUUCGAUUCCCCCGGUGGCAGUCUCCUGACCACCUUCCUCCUCUCACAACCGCGGCGUCCGUACCGUCCCGCUCCGCCCCCGCGGUCGAAACACCACUGUCUUUUGCUCCCAAUUAAAACCCGCCCGUCCCUUGUGUGAGAGAAAUCGUCUUCUCCUCUCGAUCUCAUAUCGUUUCGGGAGAAGUAAAUCUUAGGGUUUGGAGAAGAGUCGUUCUUUUUGCGCGUGGAGAUCGAUGAGAGUUCGGCGGGGAAUCCGCCAUGGAUGACGGCCGGAGGUACCGGAGGAUCGGGUUCAGCGGCGGCGCGGCGACCGCACUCACAUGGAAUGGCAGAUCUCAUUGGUACUGGAAGCGCUGACCGGGACAUCGACAAGAUACUGGUUGCUUUAAAAAAGGGCACACAAUUACUUAAAUAUGGUCGUAAAGGAAAGCCAAAGUUCUAUCUAUUCAGACUAUCCAAUGAUGAAUCAACAUUAAUUUGGUUUUCUACUAGUGGUGAGAGAACAUUGAAGUUGGCCUCUGUUUCAAGGAUUAUUUCAGGACAAAGAACUUCUGUUUUUCAGCGAUAUCCACGCCCAGAUAAAGAUUAUCUGUCUUUUUCACUUAUUUAUAAUGAUGGCAAAAGGUCUCUUGAUCUAAUUUGCAAGGAUAAGGUUGAAGUGGAAGUUUGGUUUUCUGGAUUAAAGACAUUAAUUUCUGCAGGACAAUAUGGACGACCAAAAAUAGAUGGAUGGAGUAAUGGCCUCUAUAAUGAUGAUGGCAGAGAAUUUGCAUCAGAUAAUAUAAGCAAUCAUUCUAUUGGUCCCACCUUAGAUACUUCUGAGGACAGACUAACUUCGUGUGGUUUGCAGAAAAUCCAAUCGUUUGAAUAUCCAGUAUAUUCUGAAAGAUCAGAUGUGUCAAAUAUGCACACUAAAGGAGCUUCUUCAGAUGGAAUUAGAAUUAGCACUUCUAGUGUUCCUAGUACAUCCAGUCAUGGUUCUGCACCGGAGGACUUCGAUGCUUCCGGCGAUGUCUAUGUUUGGGGUGAAGUCAUCUCUGAUAUUUCUGCCAGAGUUAGUGCUGAUAGAAAUAGUAAUCCUUCUAGUGCAAGGACAGAUGUCCUCCUACCAAAAUCCCUGGAGUCCAAUUUAGUGUUGGACAUUCAUCAUGUGGCCUGUGGAGUGAGGCAUGCUGCCCUUGUUACCAGACAGGGAGAAGUAUUCACUUGGGGUGAAGAAUCUGGCGGACGCCUUGGUCAUGGAGUUGCUGCUGAUACUGUUAACCCUCGCCUUGUGGAAUCAUUAUCAGCUUCUAAUGUUGAUUUUGUCGCUUGUGGGGAGUUCCAUACCUGCGCUGUUACCAUGUCUGGUGAACUCUAUACUUGGGGAGAUGGCUCCUAUAAUGCUGGUCUUCUUGGUCAUGGUACGGAUGUGUGUCACUGGAUGCCCAAAAGAGUGUCAGGAAUACUGGAAGGUCUUCAAGUUUCUUAUGUUUCUUGUGGUGUAUGGCAUACAGCUUUAAUUACUACAACAGGGCAGUUAUUCUCAUUCGGCGAUGGAACAUUUGGUGUCUUAGGCCAUGGAAAUCGAGAAAGCCUUUUACACCCCAGGGAAGUAGAAUCACUUACGGGAUUGAAGACAAUGGCUGUCUCAUGUGGGGUGUGGCAUACUGCAGCUGUGGUAGAAGUUAUCGUGACACAAUCCAGUGCAUCAUCUGGAAAAUUAUUCACUUGGGGUGAUGGAGACAAGCAUCGCCUUGGCCAUGGUGAUAAAGAACCCCAGCUUGAGCCUACCUGUGUAUCAUCAUUGAUUGAUUUCAAUUUUCACAAAUUGGCUUGUGGUCAUAGUCUUACAGUUGGCCUAACCACUUCAGGACAUGUUUUUACCAUGGGAAGUACAGUAUAUGGUCAGCUUGGUAAUCCCCAUUCUGACGGAAGGCUUCCAUGCAUGGUAGAAGAUAAGCUCCUUGGUGAAUCUGUUGUAGAGGUUGCUUCUGGUUCAUAUCAUGUUGCAGUCUUGACAGCCAGAGGUGAAGUUUACACAUGGGGAAGAGGAGCAAAUGGAAGACUGGGCCAUGGAGAUCUUGAAGAUCGUAAAACACCUAAAAUGGUUGAAGCUCUGAAGGACAGACAUGUCAAACAUAUCUCCUGUGGCUCAAGCUUCACUGCUGCCAUAUGUCAGCAUAAAUGGGUAUCAGGUACAGAGCAGUCCCAGUGCUCAGCUUGUAGACAGGCAUUCGGAUUCACUAGGAAAAAGCACAACUGUUACAAUUGUGGGCUUGUACAUUGCCAUCAGUGCAGUUCAAGAAAGGCUCUGAGAGCAGCAUUGUCUCCUAAUCCUGGGAAACCAUAUCGUGUAUGUGAUACAUGCUAUGUAAAGUUGACUAAUAGUUUUGACUCUGGUGGAUUUAUUAGCAAGAAAAUUAUGAAGCCCCGUAUAUCUGGCGAGAGCAAAGACAGGCUUGAUAGACUGGAUACAAGCUUAUCCAAGGCUUUGCCAUCUAGUAAUUUAGAUCUGGUCAACAAUUUCGAUAGUAAAGUAUCCAUAGAAGGGAAGAAUUCUAACUCCUUGUCCGUGACUCAAUCUCCUCAAGUUCCUUCAGUUUUACAGCUGAAAAGCAUUGCUUUUAAUGCUAGCACAGAUGUGCAUCAAGCAGUUCCUAGGCCAGCAGUUAAGUCUACAAAUCGUUCUAGAGCUGUUUCACCUUUUUCAAGAAAGCCUAGUCCUCCACGCUCUACAACGCCAACUCCCACAAUGGCAGGUCUUUCUUUCUCCAAAAGCUUCUCAGAUAAUCUGAAGAAAACCAAUGAUAUUCUGAAUCAAGAACUUCUUAGGUUUCAUUCUGAGGUGGAUAAUCUAAGGCAACGCUGUGAGCGUCUAGAAUUUCAGCUGGAGAAAUCUGAAAAGAAAGCUCAAGAAGCCACAACACUUGCUAUGGAGGAAUCUGCGAAGUCCAAAGCCGCGAAAGAAGUUAUAAAAUCACUGACAGCACAGUUGAAAGAAAUGGCAAAGAGGCUUCCUCAAGGAGUCUAUGACACUGAUCCAAUAAAAUUGAUGCAUCUGUCAAAUGGUUCUACCGAUUCACAUGCAAUUCAGCAAUCUGAUUCAAGUUUUGGAAACCUUUCAAGCAAUGGCACAAGUGAUUGUCUGGAUAGCAAUGCACCAGGUUUCCAUUCAUCAUCUAAAGAUGAAUUAUCAGAGCAAAACCAUGCAGCAAGAGGAACUUCUGGAACGACUAAGAAUAGCACAUACUUUUGGAAUCAUGCAGUUACAUGCUCCAACUAUUUGGAAGAUCUUUCAAAUGUUGAACACAAUGGUAAUGGAGAAAUGCCAGUAACUAUCACCAGAUCAGAAGAUCUUGACAGCCCCAAUUCAGACAGCAAUCAAGUAGAGGCCGAGUGGAUAGAACAGUUUGAACCUGGUGUAUACAUAACUCUAAUUGCCCUUCGUGAUGGAACUAGAGAACUAAAGAGAGUCCGUUUCAGUAGGAGAAGAUUUGGAGAGCAGCAAGCAGAAGCAUGGUGGUCUGAAAAUGCUGAGAGAGUACAUGACAAAUAUAAGUUCCGUGGAUUGAACAGUACUUUGUGAACAAGGUAGACAAUCAGCAAGCUCUGAAAGCUGAACUCUCACUUUCAUUAAUCGAUAGCACCAUACAAACCAAAAUACUUGGAGGGAAGGCAACCUGACUUGGAAGAACAUAUAUUUGAAGUCUAAUUUUGUGGAAUUGGAUCCCUUGAACCAAUCAGGGAUUUCUUGCAGUAAGUAAUCGACUUUUUUCUAUCAUAUACCAUGUAGAGUAUCAUAAUUUCUGGCAUGCAUAUUAUUUGGUCUUCAGAACAUUAAUUUUUCUCUCUUCCUUUUGUUGUAUUGUACUGUAAAUAAAAUUAACACAUGAGAAGCAUGGGCAGAGAAAAUGCAUUUUUUGGGUCUUCUUCUAAGACUAAUGCUUCUUUUAUUUUCCUAGCAGACUUAAGUUUCAUUCUUAAAUGUACUGCUGGAUGCAAGCCAUUCCUCUAA